CUCCAAGUUGCUCCUGAAACAAGAGAGAGGGAGAGAGAGAGAACCAGAGAAAAAAUGUGGAGAAGAGCUUUGAAUCUGCUACCACACCGACACUUCUCUUCUGAAACUGAAAUCCCAACCCUCUACUCCUUCCUCCAACCCUCAAUCUUUGCCUUGAAGAAAGACCCACCUCCACAACCCUCUACAAACCCUCCAAAACCCACCAAAACCCUAACCCUAGAACACCAAUCCACCUUAGAGACCACCCUCCAAACCUCCCUCAACAAGAACAACACUGAUGAAGCAUGGAAGUCCUUCAAGGCUCUCACCAACAGCUCUUCUUUCCCAAGUAAGCCUCUCACCAAUUCUCUCAUUACCCACUUGUCUUCACUCAAUGAUACCCACAAUCUCAAGAGGGCUUUUGCUUCUGUGGUUUAUUUGUUGGAGAAAAACCCGGAUUUGUUAGAGUUUGAAACUGUUGAGACCCUUUUGAAUUCGAUGAAAAUUGCCAACACUGCUGCCCCUGCUUUUGCAUUGGUGAAGAGCAUGUUCAAGAAUCGGUAUUUUUUGCCGUUUGGCAUCUGGGGCAAUGUUCUUGUAGAAAUUAGUAGGAAAAAUGGUAGUUUUGUCGCCUUUUUGGGGGUUUUUAAUGAGAAUUGUAGGGUUGUUUUGGAUGAGAAGUUGGGUUUUAUGAAACCCGACUUGGCUGCAUGUAAUGCUGCUUUGGAGGGUUGUUGUCGCGUUCUCGAAUCUAUCGGUGAUGCUGAGAGUGUGGUGGAGACAAUGUCGGUUUUGGGUGUUAGGCCUGAUGAAUCGAGUUUUGGAUUUCUUGCUUAUUUGUAUGCAUUGAAGGGGCUUGGAGAAAAGAUAAUUGAGUUAGAAGGUUUGAUGCGUGGGUUUGGUUUUGUUAACAAGAGGAUAUUUCUUAGUAAUUUGAUUAGUGGGUAUGUGAAGGCGGGUAGCUUAGUGUCUGUAUCAGUGACUAUUUUGAGUAAUUUGAGAGAACAUGGAGAGGAAUCAAAUUUUAGUGAAGAAACUUAUUGUGAAGUAGUAAAUGGAUUUCUUCAAAAUGGAAGUAUCAAGGAUUUAGCGAGUUUGAUAAUUGAAGCUCAAAAGUUGGAGGGUCCAUCACUCAUAGCUGAACAAUCAGUUGGUUAUGGCAUUAUCAGUGCUUGUGUUUAUCUGGGCUUAUUAGAUAAGGCACACAACAUUCUCGAUGAAAUGAAUGCUCGGGGAUGUUCUCUUGGGCUUGGGGUCUAUGUGCCAAUCUUGAAAGCUUAUUGCAAAGAGCACAGGACAGCUGAAGGAACUCAAUUGGUUACAGAGAUCAGUGAUUCAGGGUUCCAAUUGGAUGUUGGUUUAUAUGAUGCUCUAAUAGAAGCAUCAAUGUCAAGCCAAGAUUUUCAAUCAGCGUUCUCUCUGUUCAGAGACAUGAGGGAAUCAAGAAUACCUGACUUGAAGGGAAGUUAUUUGACUAUAAUGACAAGUUUAACUGAGAAUCACCGACCCGAGCUUAUGGCAGCCUUUUUAGAUGAGGUUGUUGAGGAUCCUCGAGUUGUAGUAGGUACCCAUGACUGGAAUUCGAUUAUUCAUGCCUUCUGUAAAGCAGGGCGGUUAGAAGAUGCAAGGAGGACUUUCAGAAGGAUGAUCUUCCUUCAGUUUGAACCAAAUGAGCAGACAUACCUGUCCCUUAUUAAUGGGUAUGCAACCACAGAGAAAUACUUCAGUGUUUUGAUGCUGUGGAAUGAGGUUAAGAGAAGGGUUUCUAUCGAUGGAGACAAGAGGUUCAAACUAGACCACAACUUGGUUGAUGCUUUCCUUUAUGCUCUGGUUAAGGGAGGUUUCUUUGAUGCUGUGAUGCAAGUUGUGGAGAAAUCUCAAGAGAUGAAGAUCUUUGUCGAUAAGUGGAGGUACAAGCAAGCUUUCAUGGAGAACCAUAAGAAACUCAAAGUGGCAAAGUUGAGAAAGAGAAACACGAGGAAAAUGGAAGCACUGAUUGCUUUCAAGAAUUGGGCCGGUCUGAGUGCAUGAAUGAACAUCACAUCUGUCUGUUGCUUAUUUUGUAUACUCGUGGUUUUUCCACAGUGAAGAACCAAUUGGUAUAUGAGUGGCAAGAAAGAGGAAUUUGGGAGAACAAACGGCAUAUUGUUUUUAGAUAAUCAUGCCUGCCCAAAUGCAUCUGCUUCACAAACAGCCGAGUCUUCCAUAUGGACCAGAGCUUAAUGGCUACAGAGCUGCAUUACAAAUGGAACUUGAAAAAGAUAUCGGGAAAAGGGAACUGCUCAGAGAUUUCCGAGCGCUGGGCUGAUCAAGAUGCGAGUACUUCAUGAGCUUCCAAUUCUAACUUUUGUAUUAGUGGUUCUGCUCCCAAAAAGGGGGCUCAGUAUUUUUUUUCUCCCUCUAGUUAUCUGAUAGGGACACAAGGGAUAGAGGUCUAGGAAAGUGAAUCACCUAUGGCUUUGAAGAUUCUGGGAUAAAUGUUAAUGCAUAACAUUCACAAUAUAUGCUUUUUCAUUUGGUUUUUUGCUUGCAAGAAUCACUCGGCAUGUAGUUGGGCUAGGCGUUUUUGUCAACUUAUGAAAUUUACAGCAAAAGAUGGGAAAUACUGACUUCGGCAGUUCUGUAUGAGAAAUGAAAAGGAAAACUCCUCUGAUGGCAUUGUUUAUCA